AUGCUUGCCUCGGAUGAAAUCAAUCCAAUCAGUUACUCCUACCCAGCAAUAAUGAAUCAAUGGUCGGAACCGAGCAAGAAGAUAUUUGAGACUGGAGAUGUAAAGAGUUUUGAGAAAUCCAUAGCGUUUCGUGAACUAGUGCAAAUUUUGAACAAGAUCGUCUUAGCUGUGCAAGAUAUUAAGGUACCACCCGGAGUUUUGGAUCCAGCUAUAGUAACCAGAGAUAUCACGGUAUUAGAUAGUGACAACUCUGCCACAUCGGUACAAGAGGCCCAUGCAUAUCAAGAGAAUGUGGGAGUCAUGCUCAGGAUACUACAUGAUCUUGAACAGACUAUUGAUGAUACUCCCCCGGUCAAGGGACCCACAAGAUUUGGCAAUAUAGCUUUCAGGACUUGGCAUGAAAAAGUAGAGCACGUGUUAAACUCAUUGACAACCUUACGCCCGCCCGCUGGACUAAACAUAGACGAAUUCUUGAUUGAAGCAAGGUAUUAUCUUGCCAAUUCGUUUGGCUCAAAGAUUAGGAUUGACUAUGGUACUGGGCACGAACUUUCAUAUUUAGCAUUCGUUGGAGCUUUGAUGCGAUAUGAUAUACUCAAAUCACCAACAGGAGAGGAGCUAUUGGUCUUGUUUUCCAAAUAUUACGAUCUUGUACGUCGUUUAAUUCUCGUGUACAACUUGGAACCAGCUGGUUCGCAUGGCGUUUGGGGUUUGGAUGAUCAUUUCCAUUUGAUUUACAUCUUGGGGGCAUCGCAAUUUUGCAAUGACGCAACGGCGCCAUCGGUGAGAAGCAUUUUAUCAAGGGAUGUACUAAAUGGCUACAAAACAUCCAAUCUUUACGUCAACGCAAUUGCAUUCAUUUUCAAGUUAAAAUCAGGUCCUUUUAAUGAGCAUAGCCCAAUAUUGAAUGACAUACAUGUGUCUGUUUUUCUUUGGACAAAAGUAAGGCAAGGUCUUUUAAAAAUGUAUAUGGUUGAGGUUCUUGGAAAGUUACCUGUAAUUCAACAUUUUUGGUUUGGUGACAAGUUGUAUCCAUGGGCUGACCUGACUUCAAUGAAACAACUCCCCGUGAAUUACAGCGAAGACGCAAAGAGUGCAAACACUACUAUUGACAAAGGGAAUAGUGCUGGAACGAGUGCUCCAUGGGCCAAACCUGGUAUUCAUCAAAAUACAACUUAUACACGUAGGUAG